AAAAGCACCAGCGGAGCAUGCGCAGUAGGGUUUCCUUCGUACUUGCCUGGCAGCCCUCAAGAGAGGCGAGGCGGAGGCGAGCGCCGCGCAUGAAUGCUGGUCAUGCGCAGUGGGGCGAACGGAGGGCGCGAUAAGUUGAGAGCAGCCUGGGGCGAUCGGCUGCGCAUGCGCCGUUUGGCGAACGAUAGGGCGACGGUGUUGUCUUGGCGGGACGGUUAAAUUGCAAAACCAACAGAACUGAACAUGAGACGAUCAGCAGCUCCUAGUCAACUGAUGGGAAAUUCAGUCAAAAAGCCAAGGUUUAUACCUCCAGGAAAAACCCAUAUGUUGUCUCUGAAAAAAGAAUCUGAACACCCAGGCUCAGAGGUGAAUGAGGGACAACUGAAUGGCUCAACAUCUGUAAACAUCUGUUCUACAACUUGUGACUUAAGUUCUACACUGGCUGUGAAAUCUGAUCAAGGAGAAUUUUGCUCUAAAAAUAAUAAUAAUGACUGCCAUUUUGAAACCGGAGUGAAAUCACCAUAUAGAACUAAAAUAGGUCCAGCGUGCCCAGUGACAACAGCAACAGCCAGGCACCAGGAGGAGCCUGGCUGCCUCACAAAAUACUUCAGCGUAGUGUGGUGCAAGGCCUCCAAGAAAAAACACAAGAAGUGGGAAGGUGAUGCCAUUCUUGUUGUGAGAGGGAAGUCGGUGACCCUGAAAGAUACAGAAGGCAGAGACAUUGGAAGAGGUGCUGGAUACAAAGCCAAAGACCUGGAGAAUUUUGACCAAGGCCAGACUCUGAUGGUUGGAGGCAAAGAAAUUGAAGUGAUGGGCGUAAUUGCAGAAGAGGACUUCAAAAGCGGCAAGUGUUUCCAGUCUGGUGUGAAGACUGCCGAGGAGAUUUGGAACGUCUCGCAAGCUGCUGCAAAACCAUUCUGCAACCCUUUCAAAAAUGUAUCCAAAACUAACACUGAAGGAAAUCCUCCCAAAGGCUCCCAGAACUAUAACCCACGUCAUGAUCCAUGCGCACCAAAUUGCUUAGUUAUGCUGCGCCCAUCCCCAAAUCACCAGCGGUUGUUCAACAAGUCGGGCUUGCCUGUGGUGGAUGUUGUUGUGGACCCCCACAUUGUCAACCAUCUUCGACCUCACCAGCGGGAAGGGAUCACAUUUCUUUAUGAAUGUAUGAUGGGAAUGAGAGUAAGCUGUAGAUUUGGAGCCAUUCUUGCAGAUGAAAUGGGUUUAGGAAAAACUCUGCAGUGCAUUUCAGUCCUCUGGACUCUCCUGCGUCAAGGGCCAUAUGGAUGCAAACCUGUAAUAAAACAGGCACUGAUAGUCACUCCUGGGAGUCUGGUGAAGAACUGGGGGAAAGAAUUUCAAAAAUGGCUGGGAAGUGAGAGAAUCAAGGUGUUCUUAGUGGAUCAGGAUCACAAAGUAGAAGAGUUCAUCAAUUCCCCGCUUUAUUCAGUCCUGAUCAUUAGUUAUGAGAUGUUUCUACGCUCCUUGGACCAAAUACAGAAGGCGCAGUUUGGCCUUGUCAUUUGUGAUGAGGGACAUCGCUUGAAAAAUGCUGCUAUUAAGACGACGACUGCACUUGCCAGUCUGUCUUGUGAGAGGAGAAUUAUUCUGACUGGUACUCCAGUACAAAAUGAUCUGCAAGAAUUUUAUGCAUUAAUAGAGUAUGUAAAUCCAGGAAUACUUGGUCCUUUGUCUACAUACAAAAAAGUAUAUGAGGAACCUAUUCUCAGAUCCCGAGAGCCUUCAGCGACAAAGGAAGAAAUUGAACUGGGAGAGAGAAGAGCAGCAGAACUAACUCGCCUCACUGGACUCUUCAUUCUGAGAAGAACCCAAGAUGUCAUAAACAAAUUCCUCCCUCCUAAAUUGGAGAGCAUACUUUUCUGCCGCCCAACAGCACUGCAGCUCAGUCUCUAUCAAAGUCUGCUGAGCUCUCCGUUUGUUAGAUCUUGCCUUCAAGGUAGUCUGGAAAAUAGCUCCCAUUUAAUAUGCAUUGGAGCUCUGAAAAAGCUUUGCAACCACCCCUGCCUUCUCUUCAAAGCAGUAAAGGACAAAGAAUGUGAUCGGAGUUGUGAUGUACAAGAGAAACAGAACCUCCAUGAGGCUCUGCUUGAUAUUGUUUCUCAAGAGCAUACCCCAACCUCUUUCUCUGAGACUGACUCGGGGAAGUUGAACGUGCUGACGCAGUUGCUGGCAGCAAUUCAGGAACUGAGCCCUGCAGAAAGAUUCAAAUGCAGUGAACAUGAAGGAACUGUAUUAGCCAGUAACAGAUCUACUGUAUUCUGGAUUGACAGAGUCGUGGUGGUAUCCAAUUACACACAGACCCUGAACAUAUUGCAAGAGGUGUGCAAACGCCAUGGAUAUUCCUAUGCGAGGCUUGACGGCAACACUCCCGUCUCCCAGAGACAGCAGAUCGUUGAUGGUUUUAAUAGUAAAUUCUGCCCAUCUUUUAUCUUCCUGCUGAGUUCAAAGGCUGGUGGCGUGGGUCUGAACCUUGUUGGGGCAUCCCAUUUAAUCUUAUACGAUAUCGAUUGGAAUCCAGCCACGGAUAUUCAGGCAAUGGCCAGAGUUUGGAGAGAUGGGCAGAGACAUACAGUUCAUAUUUACAGACUGCUUACUACAGGCACAAUAGAAGAGAAAAUCUAUCAGAGACAGAUCAGCAAGCAAGGGCUCUCUGGGGCAGUUGUCGACUUUUCCAAGGGAUCCGAACACAUCCGUUUUUCUGUUGAAGAACUUAGAGAUCUGUUCACCCUGCAUGAAGAGUCUAGCUGCCUUACCCACGAUUUGCUGGAGUGUAAAUGUACAGAAAAGGAAGGUGACCUAAGUGAGUUUUGUUUUGCUUUUGUUCCUCCUCUCCACUGGCCACUGGCUCCUCUCCAACUUGGUAUACAAUUUGGUUCCCAGCAUUCCCUUAAUGUCUCUAUAAAUUGCAAAAAUAGGGAUUGAUAGCUUUCAGUGGUGAUUGCUUUUAUGUGAAUAACAAAUUGCCUCUUUGAGGAACCUCUAAAUCAGGGAUGGAGAACCUGCUGUUGCCCGCCUGAUGACUAACA